CCAGUGAAAAUGUGGUCCAGGGUGCCAGAUAUCACAACAAUGUGAUUCUUUUUCGUGUCGCAAUUGGACUGCAGCAAAUCACAAGGUUAGUGGAUCGAGAGUAACUCCAAGAAACCGGCAAACUGGGUGAGCCGUGCACUGGGAGCAGCAGCGGUGAUCAUCUGCUCUCUCUGUAGAUACAUUGAUCCAAACUGCUGCUUUGGAGUAACAAAAGUCUUGAACUUUCUCCCUGCUACAAUUUUGGAGAAUCACCAGUUACUUCAGGGUAAAUAUCAGCAUUCAAAGCAGAAGAGGGCAGGCAUAUUGUUUAUGAUUUAGAUUUGGAUAAUUAACCAUGGGCGAUGUUAAGAUUGCUCAAAAUGCCACUCGUAUUUCCAAAACAACGUUAACUUUGGAAAGACCCCAGGCUGAUACCUACCCUCCUGAAGUACCAGCGUUCACACUGCCUCCAAGAAAUCUGCGGAUUCCCACUGGUGGAACAGCCAAGUUUGAUGGAAAGGUGAGGGGACGUCCAGAACCUCAUGUUACAUGGUACAAGAAUGGACAGCUUGUCCCAAAGAAUGAUCGGUACAUUACUGAGCAAAAUAAGCGUGGAACCUUCAGCCUAGUCAUAAAACAAGUGCAAAAAGAUGAUGCUGGAAAGUACACAUGUGAAACUGCCAAUGCUGCUGGAGUUCGCCAAGUCACUGUGGAAUUAACAGUACAAGAGGAUCCUGAAAAGAAAUAUGGAUGGCCUUCCAAUGCUUCCAGUCGAUAUUCUACUCCAUCAGUGGAAAACAGGCCGAGUAUUUGGGGUGAAAGCCCACCAAAGUUUGUCACUAAACCAACACGACUAAUUGUCAAAGAAGGACAGAGCGGUAAAUUCUCCUGCAAGAUAACAGGCAGACCUCAUCCUCAAGUAAUCUGGCUGAAGGGUGAGGCAGAGUUGCAGCAAAGUGAUCAUUUCAACAUGUUUGAGAAGUCUGGGAUUCACUUCUUGGAAAUCCGAGCUGCACGGGCAGAGGAUGCUGGAAACUAUGUGUGUUUAGUAAUGAAUAAUUCUGGAAAAGCAAUGGCAUCUGUGGAACUCAUACUUCAAAAUAUGUGUUCAACAUCUGAAAUUUCUUCGGUGCAACAAAGAAGCAAUGCUGCUAAAACUGUUGAACCUCUGGAAACUAAACAGACAACUGCAAAUGGCAUUCAAAUGGAAAAGCAAGAGGCUAGUGCAGUCACUGUUCAAUCCAAGGAGAAUCAGAAAGCGAUGAAAUGCAUUCUAGCAGCCCCUGAGAAACAGAAGCCAGAGAGUGAAGAGCGACUGGAAAAAAGAACUGAAGAAAACAAGUCUCAUCCAGAACUGAAGUCAGAAGUAAAAAAUGUGACACUCCAACAAAAAUAUUUAAAUGCUGCAACACAUCAAGAAUCAAAAGUAGAAAUAAAGAAAACUCCAAUACAACAGGAAUCCCAAAUCACCACAACAGCCCCUACCCUACAGAAAUCCCAAAUUACCACAACAUCCUCCAUCCUACAGAAAUCCCAAAUCACCACAGCAGCCCCUACCCUACAGAAAUCCCAAAUCACCACAACAGCCCCCACCCUACAGAAAUCCCAAAUUAGCACAACAUCCUCCAUCCUACAGAAAUCCCAAAACACCAAAACAGCCCCCACCUUACAGCAAUCCCAAACUACUCCAGCUCCCACCGUACUGAAAACCCAAAUUGCUACAUCCUCCAUCCAAGAGAAAGCUCAAAUCUUUACAAGAACUUCCACCCAGCAGAAAACCCAAAAAAUUCCAACAGGCUCUAUCGAACAGAAAGCACCAAGUAUGAUAACAAACCAGAAAUCUAAGCGUACUCUCAUACUCCAAUCACACAAGAUGGAGGAACCGGCAAUUAUUGAAAGAAAAGAGGAGCCGGCAGGGCAGAUGGAAGAAUGUCCGAAGGUUAUCCCGCAGUUGAAUGUUGAAGGUUGCAGAACUAUGCAGAAUUCACAAUCAGGAGCUGGGAAACUGCCAGCAGAAAGCAGAAAGAUUGCAGAACAAAAAUCAAUGACCAGAGGAUCACCUCCUGAUUUUCUUAUUUAUCCUCAAAGCCAGACAGUACUGGCGGGUGAAGAGGUUAUAUUCAGAUGUAAAAUUACAGGAUAUCCAAAACCAGAAGUGAAAUGGACAAAAAAUGGAGUUUUACUGAAUCAAACAGGUGGUCUUGAAAUGUAUGAAAAGGAUGAGAUUCAAUUUCUUUGCAUUAGCAGCGUAAAUAUGGCUGACAGUGGCUCAUACAGCUGCACAGUGACAAACCGCAGAGGCCAGCUUUCCAGGAAUUGGACAUUAAGUGUUACAGGCUCCAAGGAAGAGGAGGUACCACCAUUUUUCACUAACGUAUUGAAGGAAUGCAGAGUGAGCGAGGGUGACGAUUUUUUUCUGCAGUGCUCAGUGGACGGCAAACCUCAGCCUCGGAUUACCUGGCUUGUGAAUGAUACACCCAUUCAGUAUGCUCACAGCUCAUUUGAAAAUGAUAUUGCAAAACUCUAUAUACAAGAUGCUUUGCCAGAAGAUGAUGCUAUUUAUACCUGUGUAGCAGAAAACAAAUUUGGAAGGACAUCUUGCUGUGCUAAAGUGACAGUUAAAGAAAAGAAGACUGCCAAGAAGACUGAGAGUACGAGUGUUGAAGAUUCCAAAAGGACAUUUGCCCCGAUCAUCCUGAAGGAGUUGACUGACCUGCAGGUUAUGGAUGGUAGCCAAGUAAGAAUGACAGUGGAAGUGGCAGGUAAUCCACCUCCAGAAAUUAUCUGGCUCCAUAAUGGGAAAGAAAUUCAGGAAUCAGAAGACUUUCAGUUUGAGAAGAAUGGAAAUGAAUUCAGUCUUUUUAUUCAGGAGGUUUUUCCUGAAGAUACAGGAAAGUAUACAUGUGAAGCUUGGAAUGACUUUGGGGAAGCGCAGUCACAGGCAAUACUCACUGUGCAAGAGCCCCAGGAUGGGAUACAACCCUGGUUCAUCAGCAAGCCAAAGGCUGUGACUUCAACUUUAGGGGGACAUGCCCUCAUUUCAUGUGCCAUCGCUGGAGAUCCAUUCCCAACUGUGCAGUGGUUGAAAGAUGGGAAGGAGGUUAUCAUUGAUGAAGGCUGCAAAGUCCUCCAAAAUGAGGAUGUGUUUACACUGUUCAUCAAGAAUGUCCAGCUUCAUCAUGCUGGGCAAUAUGAAAUAAGGCUGAAAAACCAAGUUGGCAAGUGUAGCUGCCACGUGUCUCUACUGGUCAAAGAAUGCUCCCUUUCCAGAGAAGAAGCCAAGGAAGAUAAGGAGCAAUUGAAUGCCAGCAUCGUUGAAGCGAAGGAGUCUAGUGGUGAUGGCAUAGAGAAUUUUGUGAGACCAGACAGUGCCAAAAAGAGCGUAGCUGAAACAAAAGGAAACACAGAGGAGGAGAAAACAUUCCGGGGGGUGCUUAGGAGAAAAGUUGAAACCAAAGAACAGUCAGCAGAGCAACUCAAACAGCAAGAGGCUGAGCAAAAAGACUUCCGUUGCGUGCUGGGGAAGAAAGUGAUCACCAAAAGCUUUUCUGAGGAAGAACUGAAGGAACAAUCAGCAGAACAAAUGAACUUCCGAGACUCACUUUCCAGACAUGUCAAAACAACUAAUGCAUUUGAAGAAGAGAAAAAGAUUUCUAGUCCCCAGCAGGUAGAUUUUCGGGCAGUACUUGGUAAAAAGAACAGUCCUAAAAUAUCACAAGACAUGAUCACACUAAAGCAAAUGCAGCCUGACAUCAGGAGUGCUCUAAGCUCAGAUAAACAAGAUUCGACUGGCAAAGAUGCUAAUAAUGACGCUGGAAACCUUCAACCUGUAAAAGUGGACUUAAAUGAUAAUGGCGAUUGUAAAAAUGGAUGUUCAUGUAUCGAUGGUGGAAUAAUUGAUCAGAAAUCCGAAAGCACAGGAAAUGCACCUGUUUUUAAGGAAACAUUAAAAGAUACUCAGGUAGUAGAUGGUGAACGUUUAUUGUUGCAGUGUCGAGUUACUGCUGAACCAGCUCCAAUAGUCACCUGGACUAUAAAUGGAAAGGCCAUCAAGUCAUCCAAGUUCAUUAAUAUAUCACAAGAAGGAUCACUUUGUAUACUUGCAAUUGAGGAGGUCCUGCCUGAAGAUGAAGGCCUUUACAAGUGCAUAGCUGAGAAUUCUACAGGGAAAAUGGAAUGUUCUUGCUCAGUUACUGUGGCUGAUGCAGCUGCCCCGAAGACUCCCCAAACUGCUGAGAAAACAUCAAAGAAGGCAACGUCCACCCUUAGUCCCACUUCAGACGGUGUUCAGGCCACCAUAAAAAAGAAACCAACUCCAAAAACUCCUCCCAAACCAGCUAUUCCACCACAGAUACUUCAAUGUCCAGGAAGCAUGAAAGUCCGUGCAGGAGAAUCUGUGGAACUGCUUUGCAAGCUCACCGGAACACAACCACUCAGCUAUACAUGGCUAAAGUUUAGAAAACAGAUUAAGGAAAGUGAUCACAUAAAAAUAGAGAAUACAGACAGCAGCAGUAAGCUAAUCAUCUCUUCAGCUAAGCAUGAAGACUGUGGCUGUUACAAUUUACUUGUAGAAAAUAAGUUCGGAAGCAAACAAGUUCAAGUUAACCUCACAGUUGUCGACAGACCUGAACCACCAGCUGGAAAACCAUGCUCUUCUGAUAUUCGUAAUUCUACCCUGACCCUGUCAUGGUAUGGUCCCACAUAUGAUGGUGGGAGUAUUGUUCAAUCCUACAAUGUGGAAACUUGGAAUUCCGUGGAGACACAAUGGACAAAUCUAACUACCUGUCGCAGCACAUCCUGCACAGUGUGUGAUCUAAAUCCUGACAAAGAAUACAAAUUCCGUGUUCGAGCUGUAAAUGUUUAUGGAACUAGUGAACCAAGUCAAGAAUCUGAUUUGGUCAGAUUGGGGGUCAAAGAAGAUCGCAAAGAUGAAGCUGAUCUGUCUGACGAUGAUGAAAAAGAAGGUGAACCAGAUUAUCGUGACGUUAACAUCAACACAAGUGAGAAGGCCACAGAAUAUUAUGAUAUAUUGGAAAAAAUAGGAACGGGAAAAUUUGGACAAGUUUUUAAACUUGUUGAAAAGAAAACUAGAAAAGUUUGGGCAGGAAAGUUUUUCAAGGCCUUUUCCGCGAAAGAUAAAGAAAAUGUAAGGCAAGAAAUCAGUAUUAUGAAUUGUCUGCACCACCCAAAGCUUGUUCAAUGUGUUGAUGCCUUUGAAUCAAAGUCAGACAUAGUUAUGGUCCUGGAAAUAGUUUCAGGUGGGGAGCUAUUUGAGAGAAUAAUCGAUGAGGACUUUGAGUUGACCGAGAGAGAAUGCAUCAAAUACAUGCUCCAAAUUAAUGAAGGUGUGCAGUUCAUCCACAAACAGGGGAUUGUACAUCUGGACUUAAAGCCAGAAAACAUCAUGUGUGUCAACAAAACAGGAGCAAGGAUAAAACUCAUUGAUUUUGGACUUGCAAGAAGAUUAGAAAGUGCAACAUCAUUAAAGGUUCUAUUUGGUACACCUGAAUUUGUGGCUCCUGAAGUUAUCAACUAUGAACCAAUUGGGUAUGCAACAGAUAUGUGGAGCAUAGGAGUCAUCUGCUAUAUCUUGGUCAGUGGACUGUCUCCAUUCAUGGGUGAUAAUGACAAUGAAACUCUUGCCAAUGUAACAUCUGCUACCUGGGACUUCGAUGAUGAUGCUUUUGAUGAAAUUUCUGAUGAUGCCAAAGACUUCAUCAAUCAUCUUCUGAAAAAAGACAUGAAACAUCGUAUGAACUGUGAUCAGUGCCUUGAGCAUAAAUGGCUGAAAAAAGAUGUUAACAACAUGGCAGUGAAAAAACUUUCAAAGGAAAGAAUGAAGAAGUACAUGGCCAGGAGGAAAUGGCAGAAAACAGGACAUGCAGUCAGAGCAAUAGGACGGCUGUCUUCUAUGGCAAUGUUAUCUGGUCUGAGUGGGAGGAAGACUUCACUGGGAAACGCGCCCACCAGUCCUCCAGAUGCUGCUGAAAAGCCAGAAGCCGAAGCUGAUGAAGCCAAGAUGCUUCUCGAGGCAGUUUCCGAAGAACGGCAAAGUUUUAAGCCUUAUUUUUCCAAGACUUUUGAAGACACUGAAGUUGUAGAAGGGAGUGCUGCUCGCUUUGACUGCAAGAUUGAUGGCUACCCAGAUCCUGAAGUUAUGUGGUUCAAGGGUGAACAGCCCAUCAAGGAGUCUCGCCACUAUCAAAUUGAAUAUGAUGAAGACGGAAACUGUUCUUUGAUUAUUUCUGAUGUAUCUGCACAUGAUGAUGGCAAAUAUACUUGCAAGGCCAUCAACAGCCUAGGAGAGGCAACCUGGACAUCCGAGCUCAUUGUGGAAACAAUGGAAGAAGGCGGGAUGAGUAAUAUUGAAUCAAAUUAAAAGUGUUGCUUGUUAGGAGGUGCAUUUGUCUAUUGUUAGAUUCUAUACUGCUAGAACUCAUGUAAAAUGAGUUGACUACUCAAAGUUCUUUGUUAAUUUCCAAGGAAUGGAAGGUGUUUAUGGAUAUAUGUAUUCUAUACCUAUGAAAUCACCAUUGAAUAUUGCAGUUGUGUGCAGAAAUUUAAGAUUAGAAUCCACCCACUUACCUAACGAUGAUAUAUUUCCAUGUGAACACCACAGCAUAUGUACUAUAUUUUAAUGGUUCAACUUCACCCACAUUUACCAAUUUAGAGCAAUAAUCACUAACUUUCUCAGAAGAUUUUCAGAAUUCUUUGGACUCAGUGCUUCUAAACCAGUUAUUUUGAAACCUGCCAUUUAACCAUUGGUUCAUUGACCCAGUCCUUUGUGCAUCUCUGUUUGCAUGUAUGAGAGGCUGAUGAAUCUUUGUUUAUGGAUCUCAUCUAGGAGAAAGUGAGGACUGCAGAUGCUGGAGAUCAGAGCUGAAAAUAUGU